UCGUCCGGACCCGCUCGGUCGGUCUAAACAGACGGUAUCCGAUGGUAUUCUCCGUGAUCGCGGUGACUCUGUCAGGUCUUCGAUCGUGUAAAUAUUUCUCUUUUUAAUUGUGUAUUUCACCUGGAAACAAUCCGCACGAGUAGGAAGGAUACGGAAUUAGAAACGAGAUCUCGAGGAUGAGUCAGUGAUAUCACUGUUAAAUGCAUCGACUUCUCCCGAGGAUAGGCAUCAGAAAUGCGCUGGUUUCGCGGCCACGCCGAGGCGCCAAGACUUUUAAGCCUCAGUCCUCUUCAAGCCGAUGAAGACCUUGACGGAGCAUCUUACCACAUUCAUGCCACGUCUCAAUACAGAGAUAUGUCCCCAGUACGAUGGGCUCGUCGUAAGUCGUCGAGCUCCGAGUCAGAAAGGAACUGUUACAACGUGCAAACGUCCAAAGUAACGACCGAGCGGAGUUCCACCAAGAAGGACAAGAAACGGAUUCAAGAAGAAAGACGACGGAUCUGUGAGAAAAGGAAUCCCAUCCUGGACCGGGUGAUGAACACCAGACUGAGUUUCUUCAAGGAUCGCGAUUCCGACGACGACGAGGAUCAGGAAGAGGAAGAGGAUCCGGAGAAGUUACAAUUCCGUUCAAUGUGCGAACUGAGUCAGCACGGUUUAAGCAGAAACGAAUUCCGACGGUCCGUCUGCGAGUCGGACUUGAAGGAGAUCAUAGAAGAAGAGAAAACCCAGGCGAAGAGAAAAAGGCGUUCGAAAUCUCAGAGCAGGCUACCAUACAGGAAGCACCAGGAAGAACGUUUCUCGUUCCUUGGAUUUCGUCCCAUGUCCGUUCCAUCGUCGGCAGGAUUAUCAAAGAGGGAUGUAAUCGAGGAAGAUGUCAGUCAUCGGAACCGUAGGUGGCGGAAGAGCAAGGAGUUCGUUCAGGACCAUAACAGCUCCGCGAGGCCCGCGGAAACGGAAGUUUCUGCGAGCACCGAUGAUCCGGCGUACAAAAAUGGUUCCCAGUUCGACAGCAUUACACCGUCCAGUUGCUUGGCUGCCAAGUUUCGAGCGAUGCAGGACAGAUACCUGAAAAGUUCUACGAACAAGUUGAUCGCGAAAAUUUACAAAAAGGACAGCAAAGAUAGGGAAAGAAGACGUCUGAGAAGCUUCUCGUACGGUACUCUGCCUGGCCUUGAGGAACUUCGAACGAAUCCGCUUUACGAGGAACAGGAUCAGGACGACAACGACUCCGGGAUACUGGAUAACGAUUCUGCAACCAGUUCGCUACUCGAUGACAGAUGUAGCAGCAGUGCUUCCGGCUUGUUGACCGGUCUCAACGAUUCGUUACAUUCUCCGCCGCAGCUACCGCCUAGGAAACCGUCGUCCUCCAUCGCGGAUGUCGAGAGGACGACGCGCCUGUUCUCGAGCCUGGACGUUUACUGCGGCAGGAACGAAGGCAGAGGUUGCAAGACGGACAUAUCCAGGCUGCACGAGCUCGAAGAUUCUACGAAUCAGCUGUGUCAAGCUGCGAACAGCGAGUUGAUCGAUCGGCGAGACAGAGAUGACUCGACGCCACCCGACAGGAAAAACGUCGCGGGAUCGGAGUCCAAAGAGUUCUCAGCUUCGGAGAACUGCCGGAGUGGCCAGUUACCCGUUAUCAGAAACAGGCCAUACGCUACCGAAACGAUGGUCGUGAAGCUUUUCAGAGAGAGCUCCGAUCAGUGCUUGGGUAUUUUCAUCGCGAAGACGGCAGAGUCGAGUCCUGGCUACCUCGUGGCCCACGUGGUGCCGAACGGUCUCGCCGAUAAAGAAGGAACUUUGAGGAUAGGGGAUGAGAUAUUAAUCGUGAACGGCAAGAGACUGCGAGGUCUCAACAUGGCGAAAGCUAGACAAAUCUUAGGAAGCGGCAGCGGGCCCGGGGAGGUUGACAUCGUUGUUUCGAGGUAUACCGCUUUGGACCAGUCGUCGAAGAAGCUCACGGAGAGCAGCGUUGAUUACGAGAACGUUAACAUGGAGAACGGACACGGGGUUAUUGUCGAUAACUCCUCGAAAUCGCAUUUCAAGAAACAUCACACGAAACACCAUCGUGACAGGCGGAACGAAUCCAACAAAUCCAUAUCUUCGGAGAAAUCGGUUCUGAACAUGGACAACAGUGGAUCGCAGAGUGUUUCUAACUUUUGCACUUUGCCGAGAAGACCGAGGAGUACAUUGUCGACGUUCCUGACGGUCGUUUUUCAAAAAGGCCCGGGAAAGAAGUCAUUGGGAUUCACGAUUGUAGGCGGAAGCGACAGUCCUAAAGGAAGCAUCGGUAUCUUUAUAAAGUCAGUAUUGCCUGGCGGCCAAGCCGCAGAAGAUGGCCGAUUGCGAGCAGGUGACGAGAUUUUGGCAGUAAAUGGCCACGUCUGUCACGACUUAACCCAUAGAAAGGCCGUCCAACUUUUUCGUAAUACCAAAACUGGACCAGUUGCCUUACACCUAUGCAGACGCGUGAAAAAUAAGGAAUUACAGGCAACGAAGGCUAAAUCGUGCGCAGACCUUUUACUCGUCGACACGUGAAGGAUUAUAUUGUACAA